UUUCGUGUUAUUUUCGUAAGUCGUGAAAAUAUUUUAUUAGUAGGUUUUAUUUUACUAGCCUAGAUGUCAGAUUCUAUUAUCUUUUACUAGGCAAAAAGUGUUAUUAAGUUAAAAUGGAUAGAGAUCAAUUCGAUAUUGAUACCUUCAACAGAAGAAGAAUAACUGAGUGUAUGACUCACAGAGACCUUCCCGAGUUGUCCCCCUUAGACAUUGAUGAAGACAGGAAUGAGAAACCAUGGCAAAAGAUAUUGAAUCAAAUCAUCAAGAACAGAUCACAAACAAUCACAUCUGUGCCCAGUAUUGUUAUACUUGUAGUUGUAGGAUUCUAUUUGUCCUUGGGCUACCUGACACAGCUGGUUGAAGAUGAUAUGCCCAGGGUCAUCAACGAAAAGGAUGUGCAGGAUAAUGUUAUGUUCAGUGAAGAAUCAGCCAAGGUCUACCUUAGGAAGGUGCUCGGUGACCAGCCCAGGGUUGCAGGCAUGGAGUAUCACUAUGAAAAGACAAAAGACCUAAAAUUGUUGGUCGACGCCAUAGCUAAAGAAGCUACUAUACCAGUGAAAACUGAUUGGCAAUUUGUAUCGGGUGAUUAUUUUUUAGAGUUUAAGAUCCCACAUGUGAAUUGUUAUCGUAACUUGUCAAAUAUAAUCGCCUUGUUAGAGGGAGAGAGUGGUUUUUAUGAGAAUGGAACUAUCAGUACUUCGUUAUUGGUUAACUGUCACUAUGAUUCUGUACCAUUUGCUAUUGGUGCUUCAGACAAUGGUGUAUUCUGUGCAGUUAUGUUAGAAACUCUCAGUAAAUUAUCCAAAAGGAAACAAAAACUGAAACAUAAUGUUAUAUUUCUUUUUAAUGGCGCUGAAGAAAAUCCUUUACAGGGUAGUCAUGGAUUUCUGAAGCAUUUGUGGGCACAAGGGGUUACAAAUGUAGUCAAUUUAGAUGCAGCUGGGAUGAAUGGAAAACCUGCUGUAUUUCAAGUAUCGGAUCCUAGAUUAAUUUCGGUAUAUCAACGUGUUGUACCAAAACCAAACGCUCAAGGUUUCGGAGAGUUUCUUUUCAGAACUGGUGUCAUACCAUCUGACACGGAUUUCAGGAUUUGGAGGGAUUUCGGUGACAUACAUGGUUUAGAUAUAGCUUUUGUAAAAUGGGGCAAUGUAUAUCACACGAGAAAUGACAGACCAGAACUGAUAUUAGAUGGUGUCAUACAAAACGCAGGCAAUAUGCUAUUGAAUCUGGUCAGAGAAUUGGCUGACAUUGAAGAACUGGAAAAUAAGAUAACACCAACACAAGUUGUAUAUUUCGACUACUUGAACCUCUUUCUAAUGACGUACACAACUUGUGUCGCACAAAUCUUAGACAUUUUAGUUGGAUUAUGUGCAUUAUUUACUGUUGUUUAUUAUUUAUGGAUAGUUGGAUGCAGACUAAGUUCAGUAUUGGAUUUACUAUCGAGCGCGUUGGGCAGAGUGGUGUCAGCAGCUACCGGAGUACUGGUUGUAGUUCUUCUGGUGCUUGUUAUGGCCAUCACAACUAAACAACUUAGGUAUCUCUCAAAACCUUGGCUAGUGGUUCCUUUGUAUUGGAUACCAUUUUUUAUUGUUUCUUUCUUGGCUUCCGUUAAUUACGAAUCAACAAGUCGAAAGUGCGGACUGAACAGAUCUCUCCAUACAUUACAAGCGAUGACAUCAACUAGAUUACUACUAGGAGUUUUACUAAUUAUACUGUCAUUAUUCCCAUCUCUGACAAGUGUACGGUAUGUCAUCAGUGUGCCAUUAUUUCUGAUGUCAUUAGGGGCAAUGGUGUCAAUGACUGUUGUCAAAUAUUGCAGGUUAAAAGCUUGGCAACAUUUAAUACUGGAAAUAAUCCUAUCAGUGCCCUCUACAAUGUUUAUAAUAUCAUUAUGUUUGCGCCUGGACUCUAUAAUGUUGCCCACAGCUGGGCGCAUGCCCACUAAAUAUCCAGACUAUAUCGUGGGCGGACUCAAUUUGAUGUUAGCUGUGUUGUUCUCAACUGUUGUGUCUGGAUUGGAGUUAUUAUUCUCUCGCAGAAGACUAUGGCUGCCGAUAUUAUUGUUAUGCAGUGUUUGUCUUUUAUGUAUGUUCUUACCCACUUCUGUAUACGAGGAUGAAGGUCUCGCUACACAGAGACAUUAUUGGUUUCAUUCAGAAAUAAUAACAUACGAUAGAAAUGGAUCGGCAAUUAAUUAUAAAUCAGGAGUAUUAAUAACUAAACAAGAUGCUUACACGCUGACAACAGUACUGCCCGCGUUACAACAGGCAGAUAUUACAGUUCACAAUGUGACGGACUUUACGUCAGAUUGUGAGAGAUAUUUGUACUGCAAUCUGCCGCUGUAUAGACCAAGGUUCGCACAACAUCUAAACGACGUGUUAUUUUUAUACACUGACCCACCGGCGAGGUUUGAACCUGAACCCUCGCUCACAGCAUCCAGAUCCUGUAACGAAAAUACUUGUACUCUCAGCUGUAUUAUGAGUGGUCCACAACAUAAUACACUAACAUUUCUUCCACUUUACGGUGUUAAUCUGACGAAAUGGUCCUUCUCUUCGCCUCUAGAAGUAACUGGAGAAUUCCUAAAUAGAAAUAUCUAUGUUAUUACAGAAGCCACAUGUACUUAUUCUAAAAUAUUACCUAAAAUGGAAUUUACUUUGACAUUUAAUGUGACAAAAGAACAAGAAACUGAACCUUUGGUAGAAAUUUCUCAUCACGCACACAAAAUUCAUCAUCCAGAUGAAUUUACUGAAGAAUACAGAAAACUUGUUAAUGUUAUGCCAAAAUAUUUUAAUAUUGCUUCAACAUUAAGUAUAAGAUCUAAUUAUAUAUUCUAGACAUUAUAUUACAAAUACAAU